UCUGCCCAGUAAGCAGGUGGCAGUGCAGCAGCCACCCUGCCUUCUGUGUCUCCUGGAGCCUUGAGGAUGGAAGGGGAAAAACACAAUCCAGGAUCAGUUUCCUGAAGCUCCACACCAUCACGCUGUUCUGUGGGAGCAGUCCAGGAACCAGGGGCAACCACCAUGGAGCAAGGGCUGGAGGUGGCCCUCACAGACCUCCAGAGCGCCUGGAACAACCUGCAGCACCACACAGAGGAGAUCAGCUCUGAACGACUCCUUGUUCGCCGGGGCCAGGCCUUUAACAUCACUCUCUACUUCAGGAACCGGAGCUUCCAGCCAGGCCUGGACAAUGUCAUCUUCAUGGCUGAAACUGGACCCCUACCAGACCUGUCCAACGGGACUCGUGCCCUGUUCAGCCUGACAGGUCGCCAUGGCCCCAGCCCGUGGAUUGCCUUGCUGGAGAACAACGGGGCCAGCUCCCUGGAGGUGAGCCUGUGCGCUCCUCCCACGGCACCUGUGGGUCGGUAUCUCUUGAAAGUUCACAUUGACUCUUUCCAGAGGUCCGUCACAGCCUACCAGCUUGGGGAGUUCAUCUUACUCUUCAAUCCCUGGUGCCCAGAGGAUUCUGUCUACUUGGACAGCGAACCCCAGAGGCAGGAAUAUGUAGUGAAUGAUUACGGCUUCAUUUACCAAGGGAACAAGAACUGGAUCCGCCCAUGCCCUUGGAACUAUGGACAAUUUGAAGAGAAUAUCAUAGACAUCUGCCUGGAGCUGCUAGACAAGAGCCUGAACUUCCAGACUGACCCAGCCACAGACUGUGCCCUGCGGGGAAGCCCUGUCUACAUCAGCAGAGUGGUGUGUGCCAUGGCCCAAAGAUCUUGCAAGGCAGCCCACACAUCACAUCUUGCUGAGGAAAAGGAUGCUUCCAAGUGUCUAUACAUGGUUUCUCUUCAGAUCAACAGCAAUGAUGACAAUGGGGUGCUCAAUGGAAACUGGAGUGAGAAUUACUUAGAUGGUAUCAACCCUGCAGAAUGGACCGGCAGCGUGGCCAUCCUGAAACAAUGGCACGCCACAGGCUGCCAACCAGUGCGCUACGGGCAGUGCUGGGUCUUUGCUGCCAUCAUGUGCACAGUGAUGAGGUGCCUGGGGAUCCCCACCCGUGUGAUCACCAAUUUUGACUCUGGCCACGACACAGACGGAAACCUGAUCAUAGAUGAGUAUUAUGACAGCACGGGCAGGAUCUUGGAGAAUAAGAAGAAGGACACUGUCUGGAAUUUUCACGUGUGGAAUGAGUGCUGGAUGGCUCGAAAGGACCUCCCUCCUGGAUAUGGAGGCUGGCAGGUGCUGGAUGCCACACCUCAGGAGACAAGCAAUGGCCUCUACUGCUGUGGCCCUGCCUCUGUCAGAGCCAUCAAAGAGGGAGAGGUGGAUCUGAACUAUGACACAGCCUUUGCCUUUUCCAUGGUGAAUGCGGACUGCAUGUCCUGGCUUGUCUAUGGAGGGAAGGAGCAGAAAAUUCACCGGGAAACGAAUACUGUUGGCAAUUUUAUCAGCACCAAGAGCAUUCAAAGCAAUGAGCGAGAUGACAUCACGGAGAACUACAAAUACAUAGAAGGUUCCCCCCAGGAGAGGCAGGUGUUCCUGAAGGCUCUUCAGAAGCUGAGGGCUGGAAGGUCUGAAGACCCCCAUCAAGCAUCGACAUCCAUGCCACUGAGCGAGGACAGCCUUCGGAGGCUACAUAUGCCUUCCCUUCAGCCCAGUGAUGUUGUCCAGGUUUCCUUGAAAUUCCAGCUGCUUGCCCCACCCCACAUGGGCCAGGACAUAAGCUUUGUCCUGCUGGCCCUUAACAUGUCAUUCCAGUUCAAGGACCUCAAAGUGAACCUGAGUGCCCAGUCCCUGCUGCAUGAUGGUAGCCCGCUACUCGCUUUCUGGCAGGACACAGCCUUCAUCACACUCUCUCCUGAAGAAGCAAAGACCCAUUCCUGUAGAAUUCCCUAUUCCCAGUAUAGCCAGUACCUGUCAACAGACAAGCUGAUUCGCAUCAGUGCCCUGGGCGAAGAGAAGAGCAGUCCAGAAAAGAUCCUGGUGGACAAGAUCAUCACCUUAGCCUAUCCAGGCAUCAUAAUUAAUGGUCAACAUGAGGAACUAUGAGCUCCAGUGGAAGGAACCUGAAUGGGGAGAAGAGCACUGCCUGAGAUCAGCUCAGAUUUGAUUUGCCACCUCUUAGCCAUGCAUUCUUGGACAAGUCCCUGGGCCUCUGCUUCGGGAACUGUCAAAUGAGAGGAUUAGACUAGCUGGCCUCUGAGGACACCAUCUGCUGUGACAUUCUGUGGUCCUCUGAGUGGGAAGACUUCAUGGGUCUCUUCAGUAUUGUUUCCCCAAGGCCAAGCAGCCUCCUGGACCUUGUCAAAUGAGCCUCUGGGAUGCCUGGUGGGGUGCAUCCAGCAAGCCCAGCCACUGGAGUCUUGUUUUAGGGAGGGUAUCCAAAAGUACCUCCAGGUUUCCUGAAGCUACUUCCAUCUUUCUAUGGCCUUGAAUGUUCCAUUGCUCUACACUCACAUAUUGGUGUGAAAAGAAGUGAGCCCAUUAUGUUAAGAGGGAGAAAAGGAAUGUAGUAGACUUGCAAUAAGAAAGUGCCAAAGAAGAUUCUAUCCACUCAAAUUAUGCAUGAGAAUCCUUUGGGAUUAUUUUACAUUCAGAUGAAAGCCUUGGAGCAGAGAUAACUUUUUUUUUUUUUUUGAGCAGAGAUAACAUUACUAGAGUAUCCAAUUUAUCAGAUUUUUCCAUAUUCUGGGUUGAGGGAUAUAAAAUAUUUUAUACAAACACCUAUGAAUGUAGAAAUGAAUCAAAGUUUUACAUAACAAUAUCUUUCAUGAUGUACGCUGAUAUUUUCUUCUGUUUCAUUUUUAAAAAACAUUAAUGACAACAUAUCAAGUUGGUCUUAACCCAUACCUAGAAAAACAUGGGCCAUAGAAAUCCAGCUCUUCAGGAAAUAGAUCUGAAGAGAAAUGCUGUCUGUAAAGGUUUGAUGAAUUGGGGAAUGAGAUUAAUCUUCUGCUUCCUUCUUCUCCUCUGGAUCUCUCU